AUGGCAUACACUAUUGUAAGCGAUUCGCCGAUGCAGGCUAGCCCAACCAAGACCUUUUUACAUGGUCUUGGAACACUCUCCUUUUCCUAUAGCUUUUACCUCUUGACAACAUGGGACUCGGCAUACUCUGAUUCUUUCGGGUGGUACUUUCAGCUUCUCACUGUCGUGGGCCUCACCUUAUCUCUUAUCACCUUUACGCUUGGCCUUAUCGCAGAUCUUACUAAACAUGAUGGCUUCUCAAGAACCAAAGACGCUAUCAUACUGCUUGCGACGCCUCUCGAAGUCAUGAUUGCUGUCCUAUACUGGUCCAUCAAAUUUCACGAUCCAUCAUUACUCAUGCCAGCCGACCUUGUCAUCAAUCCUUGGGCUGAUCUUGGAUACCACCUGGUACCCGCAGUGCUCCUGGUACCGGACUUACUGUUGUACAGUCCUCAAGCAACUAUUACGACGAGGAGCAUGAUGUUCACCAGUACCAUUUUAGCUGUUGUUUAUUGGUGCUGGAUUGAGUUGUGCUAUUACCAAAAUGGCUGGUAUCCAUAUCCCAUGAUGGAUCAGUUUAGUGCCUAUCAGCGUGUUGCAGUCUUCGUUUGUUCAUCAGGCUUACUUACCUUGGCAUCUUCUGCUCUCCAGUGGGUACACGACAAGGUGCACAGUCUUAAUGUGAUGAAGAGCAAGCCGAACUAA